CCAACAAAAUGGCAUCCUCAUCCUUGGUACUAAAGUUUACGUGCAUGGUUCUCUCAGUUUGUUUAUCCUUGGGGUUGAGUUCGGCUAAUAGGUUCCUGUUGGACCAAGCCGACCGUGUCUACAAAAACAUGGACCCUGUUGUCCAUGAACCGAUGAAGAACCCUAAUGAUGAAAAACUUGGUGUUGGUUAUGGCAUUGGAUAUGCCAUUGGAAAUGGCGGGAAUAAGAUACAAACAGGUAUUGGUUAUGGCGUUGGACAAGUGAGGGGUCAAUCAGGAAAUAAUAUGGGAUAUGGCGUUGGAAUUGGCAACGGAAAUGGAGAAGGUGUUGGGUAUGGUAUUGGACAAUCGGGAGGUCAAUCAGGAAAUAGUAUUGGGUAUGGUGUUGGACAAUCGGGAGGUCCGUCAGGAAACAACGUUGGAUAUGGUAUUGGAAUUGGCAAUGGAGAUGGAGAAGGUGUUGGGUACGGCGUUGGACAAUCAGGAGGUCAGUCAGGAAGCAAUAUUGGAUAUGGCAUUGGAGUUGGGAAUGAAAAUGAAAAGGGUAUCGGAUACGGCGUUGGACAAUCGGGAGGUCAAUCAGGAACCAACGUUGGAUAUGGAGUUGGACAGUCAGGAGGUCAGUCUGGAAACAACGUUGGAUAUGGUAUCGGAAUCGGAUCAGGAAAUGGUGGAGUUGGAUCAGGAAUUGGCGUGGGGUACGGUUCAGGAAGUGCAACUCCUGGAUGUAACAUAGGCAAUUGCAAUGGAAACUUUGUACAAUCCGCCAUUGAAGCUGCCGAAGAGAUGUCAAAGACUAUUGGCACAGUUACUCAGCCCUAA